CUUAACAGACUCAGGACCAAGACAGCAGCCCAGCACAGCUUCCCCCCUCACCACACCUCUCUGCCUCUACAACAGCUUUUCCCCUUUUCCUUUUGUUGUGAACCUAAAAUAGAUUUUUUCCACCAGAUCUUACCUCAUCUUGCCUCAUCCUGCACUACACUACAAACACAAACACAAACAAAUACACUCACAUAUACACACAAGCACACAAGCACACACACCCAUACAUACACAAACACAAACAAAUACACAUGCAGUAAGCGCACAUACACACACACACACAAACACACACACGUGCACACACCCGCAGACACAUGGACAGACAUGCAAACAUAAAUAUGCAAACCCACAUGAGCAAACACACAAACACACAGACACACUCAUACAUACUCAUGCAUGCACACACAUACACGUACACAAGCACAAACAUGUACAUGAAUGCACACGACUGUAAAUGAUGGCUUAUGAAGCACAGAAAUGCUUGCGCUCUCGCAUUCACACACACACACACACACACACACACACACACGCAUGCAUGCACACACACGCAGACACACACACACACAUACACAAGCACAAAUACAUACAUAACCGUACACCUACAUGGUAAAUGUUAGCUUGUGAAGCACAGAAAUGCAACUCCAGCAUUGCCGAUGGAUGUGGAGCUAUAGGUUCAGUGAAAGACGCACUUCUCCCUCCUGUGUGUGAUUUUUUUCAAUGUAAACUAUUUACCAUUUUAUGGAGAGUUCCACAUGAUUACAAUACAUAAAUAGCAACUAUAUAUACAUAACACAUAAUAAAGGAAAUAAUUGCAAGGGUUUACUUGUGUUCCUCUGUGAGUGCUCAUUUGCGGACCUUUGUCACCCUAUAAUUUCCUUCAUUGAGCAGCCAAUCAAAUCUGUCUUUGACAUGUGACCUCCUACGGUUCAGAGAUUCACUGGAAAUUAUUACCUCAAGUCCUCCUUUUAUCUGUACAGUUUGAGUUUUACAGCGCAGAGGACAAGCAGGGUCACAGGCAGAGGAGAGUCUCCAGAAGAGGAGAGUUCAGACACGGUGAUGCCACCACUCUGUGCGAUUCUUCUGCUUUUCAGCAAAGUCUAUGGUCUGCUUGGGAAUAUAGUUCAGCCUGACGCGCUGGUGAGAGCCCAGCUUGGAGACACUGUGACUCUCCCAUGUUUCCAUCCUUCCAAGCAAGUGACAUGUGUCAGCUGGUUGAAGCAACCUCUUGGGCUGAAGCCUCAGCUUGUAGCGAUAGUGUCGAAAUAUCAACCUAAUGCUACAUUUUUCAAUGAGUUUAAAAACAGUAAACGCCUCAGUGUUAAUGCAGAAAAGGAAAGCUUUAACCUGACUGUGUCACAAGUAGAGCCAUCAGAUUCAGCCACGUACUACUGCACUGUUGUGCACUUCAUGGAGAUGAGCUUUGGAGAAGGAACUACUUUAAUGGUGAUGGGUUCAAAGUCAAACAACAGGACAGUAGUACUGCAGCAGCCUGAGUCUGAAUCAUUGCAGCCUGGAGACUCUGUGACUCUGCAGUGUUCAGUACACACUGAGAUCUGUGCUGGAGAACACAGUGUGUACUGGAUCAGACAGGGCUCAGGAGAGUCCCCUCCAGGAAUCAUUUCCACCCAUGGAACCAGGAGUGAUGAGUGCCAGAGGAGCUCUGGGGCUGUGUCUCCCACACAGAGCUGUGUCUACAACUUCCUCAAGAGGAACCUCAGCUCCUCUGAUGCUGGGACUUACUACUGUGCUGUGGCCACCUGUGGAAAGAUCCUGUUUGGGAGCGGGACCAAGCUGGACUUUGAGGGAGGUGAAUUAUCCAGGCUUGUGUUACUCUCGAUCAUACGGACUGGAGUUCUUUGCUGCAUCUUGCCGAUAUUUAUCCUGACCUACUGCAAAAAGGCAUGAAUAAUAAUGCUAAUAUGGGCUUUCAUAUCAUUUAAUCAGCCAGUGAGUUGUAUUCAUAAUAAUAUCUCCUUCUACCUAUUCCUUUUCUUCUCCCUUAUUAUUAUGAUUGUUAUUAUCAUCGUCGUCAUCAUCACCAU